GUAAAACAUUUGACAAGAAGCCAAAGAUGUGACUUACCGUAUGCAAACAUUCACGUAUUGAAAAUUUUCCACAAGCAUCGUUUGUUUUUUUAAACUGUUGAUACGUUUAUCAGAAAAGGAAACAGAAAACAAAAUUUCAUUCUAUUUAAACAAAAUGCGUCGAUCGGACCAAAAACGAUCAAAACAUGACAAUAUUCCGGGCAAUAAAUCCAGAUUGUUCAAUACUUAUAGUUCAGCAAAUAUUCCAUACGAUGGUCAGCGACAAUUCUAUAAUCCCUCAACGGAUCGUCCUGAACCAUCAGCACCACCAGAAUCGGAUAAUAAUCCUGUCAGUUCGGAAUAUACACCAUUAUUGGAAAAUUUUACCGAACGAUUUAUAAAUAGAUCUCAAGGACCUGUUCCAGGUAGUAUUGUUGAUACCACUUCAGUAUCAUCAACAAUAACAACAUCGACAGCAACAAAUAAUAAUUUGGCACCACAACAAUCCGUUACUGUGAUACCGUCACCUGUUGUUCCGCCAGAAUUAUUACUUAUUCAUUAUCAACAAUCACCAUUCAAUCCAAAUCUAGUUGCAUCUGAUAUAUCAUCACUUUCAUCAUACUCAAAUGGUGAUGAUGAUGCUCAAAAUGAUCAUAAUCAACCAAGAAGUCGAAUGGUUGGAAUAUCCGACGGAUGUUAUUCAAAAUUUCGACUUCAUUGCUGUCAAACAUUUUGGUAUCUGUCACAAACGAUACUCAUUCUAAGUUUGAUAGUCUAUAAUUUCGGUUCAACUUUUGCCCCAUCAAUUUAUUCAUCAUUAGUGAUAACACCUAAUUUUGUCCAUGCAAAUACAUCACAUUCACAAAUGGUUACGUUUGAUUUUUUCGCUUUAACUACCGUUCAAUUUACAAUGUCACUAUUAGCCCUAAUUGGAAGUCUAAUUCUUUUGUAUUCUGCAUCUCGUGUCAUACAUCGAUUACGUCGACGUGUUCAUCUUCGAAAUCUUAAACAAAUCUCUCGUUCGGCUACCAGUAAUUUUGCUCAAUCAUUCUCGUCAACAGCUGUAUCUACAAACGAAACAAUAUCUGAUUCAGAAUCGACAACAACUAUAAUAACAUCGGAAAUGAUCAUUUUCGAAACUCUUGGUUCAACAAUGGCUCGGAUUUUUUCAUUAAUAAUGUUGAUCCAUCAAUUUUGUAUAUGUUCAAUGUAUAUUCAUCUAAUUUAUGAUUAUUUCGAUAUGAUUAUUUUAUCAUCAGAAUCGAUAUUAUCAUCUGAUUGGAUCAAUUAUCUUGGCAUUAAUAGUGAUCGUAAAUGGUAUCUUGAUCAUCUAGUACUUGGUUCAAUUUGGCUUACAUUAAUGGUCUCAAUCAUUGUCGCAUUGGCUACAACAUCUUUUAUUUGGUCUCGGAGACAGCAAGAUUGGCAAACAAUACAAUUUACUCGUCUUUAUUUACUUCAGAUCUUGAAAAUUUUGGCCAUUUUGAUUAGUUUCAUAACCUUAAUAAUUUUGCCAUUUGUAGGUAUUCAUAUUUACCUGCGACAAAAUCUUCAAAUGAACAAGAAAAUUCAGCUAAACAAGUCAAUCGCCAAUCAAUCAUCUAUCGGACAUAUUCCUAAUCCUUUUCCACCUUUCGAUCUAUGUAUGAACGAUUGGUAUGCAUCAUUAUUUGGCGCCAUACCAAUACUUCUGAUGCCUUUUCAUCUAAAUGAAAUAUUAAUCAUGUUAAUGUAUUCACGUUAUGAUUAUCAAUAUUAUCGUCGACGUUUACAAAUAUUCGAUAAUGGUGAAGUAUUUGGUCAAAAUGAUAAUAAUAGUGAGCAACGACAUCUAUUGAUUAGCGAUCAGCAACAAAUGAUGAAUUCCAAUUAUCAAAGUAUACGAUAUCCUGAUGCAUCCGUUUCACGUUCAUCACCGAUAAUUACUGAAGAAUCCGGUGAUCCACUUUUAUAUCUAGCAUCAAUGCAAUCAAUGAAACGAUCUUCAGUAUCAUCUUUCUUUUUUCGUUCAUAUUCAUCGAUUCGUAAUUGGUUCAUAAUGAUCGCAUUUUUUAUUCUUUUGUUUCAAGUUUUUAUGAAUAUUUUCUAUUUCCAUCCAAUUGAUACGAAAAUAAUCAACUCCACUGUGAUUGAAUUGAAUUUUAUUCCUAAUUAUUUGAAAGAAAAAUCAAUAUAUGUAAUGGUUGCAUCGAUUGUUUUUUUGCUGAAUGCAACAAUUCUAUAUUUAUUAAUGUUAUUUCGUGGAAAAUUGGCACUAGAUUGGUUACGAUAUGGACAACAAUAUUUACAGAAAUCAGUGUUUGUAACACGUUUUAAUUUUUGGACACCAUAUAUUAUCUGGAAUUGUUUAGCAUUAAUCAUUAGUUUAGCUUUGGAAUAUUUGCAACGAUUUUUACAAAUUCAAAUAUGGUUAUUAGGAUUAACAACACUCAUCAUUUUAUUACUUUAUCCAUCAAUGUUAUUAAUGUAUUUUGCUGGCAAAACAUUACGAUCGUCAACAUUAAAUAAUACUACUAAUAAUACGAAUCGUCAAGAAUCGAUUUCACAACGAUUUCGACCCUUACGAUGGCCAUGGUUUUUUCUUUUCAUAUCAAUCUUUUUAUUUUCAACAACAAUGACAUAUUUAAUUUUCUGGAUAUACGGAUUCUGGUAUGAUGAAAAAGAUUUUAGUUAUUUCAUUCGAAUACAACAUCAAUAAUGUAAUUUGUGAUUAUUUUCUGUUUGUUUGUUUUUUUCUUUAUUUGUUUCUACUAAUAAUUAUUCAUGUUUAAUUAAUUAUUUUUGUUAUACUAAUUAUC